AUGGUUGAGAAAGAGUUAAUUAGGCUAGAUGAGACAAUUUUCUGGCUCAACAAAAAUAGAACUGUUUUACUCAGUGUGAAUACAUUGCAGAUAUUAAGCUCAUUAUUACCAAGAAUGAAGCUGGGAGCAAAGGAAGCAGAGGCAGAAAAGGAUAAUUGGAUGUUAAUAACAUCAAUAAAGCUUUUGAGCGUUACAUGA